AUGACCCGACAGCCCGUCAAUUACUAUCAGUAUCGAUUCGUCUUCGACUUCAUCGGCAUCGGCGUUUUGUGCUUCUGCACAAUCCUCACCGUCGUCGCCAUUUAUUUGAUCGUUGACCUAGUCGAUGAGACGAAUGAGGUCCGAGACGUGUUCAUGCACAAAAAAUCGCAAUUUGAGAACUACGCGAAUGACGCAUUGCACAUUAUCAAGUACGGUCGACACUAUGACGGAUUCGAUUCCAUGUUCGGCACUUUGGUCCGAACAAAUCGCAAAACUCAUUGUUGUACAUAA